CAAUAGCGCACACAGAAACCAAAACCUCUGACCCUUCCUUACCUCAAAAGUCUCAGAACCCUAUCCAUAGCUUAAUAAACAAAGAUAUUUUUCGUUUAAUCUCUUCCCUAUCUAAACCCAACUUACAUUAAAAAAAUAUCCAAACCCAACAAACUUUGUUUAACACAGCACAUCACAGUGAGUAACACUCACCACUCUCUCUCUCUCUCUCUAAUCCUUUCUGCUUCAACAAUCCACACUCCUAUGUUGUUGAUGGAAAACUGUCUCAUCCACCACCCCCAUCACGCACUCCUCACCCUCCCAUCAUCAUCCCAUAAACCCCACUUCAGAUUCUUCACAAGGCCUGAUCUUGGUGGUGGUGGUGGCGGUGUCACUUCUUUUUCUUCGUCUUGUUUAUUACACCAUAGCCAUAGGCGUAGACCCUUGAUAAGGGCAAGUGCUGGAGCCAGCCACUGUGAGUUUAGUAGCCUGAACUCUCCUUUGGAGCCACGUUCCAUGGUGGGCAAGUUCCUCAGUGGUGUGCUUCAGAACCACCCUCAGAUGUUCCAUGUUGCUGUUGGAGAAGAACUCAAGCUCUUGGCUGAGGAUCGUGAUGCGGCACAUGCCCGCAUGCUGCUUGGUUCUGCCUCCGAUGAGGCCCUACUUCACAGAGAAAACAGGGCAGAAUGGUGAGCACAGGAAGAAUCAAGAAGGCAGGUUGUUUAGAUGGUAACUCUCUUGAAACAUUCAUAAGAAGACUCCAAAAACGAUGACCUUAUUCCGUGGCAAAUUUUUGGGGCCGAGCUUGAGGAUGCAAGCACGUUGCUACAAAUCUCCAAUCAUAUUGGCCAAUUGCAUAUAAUGCAGUUUGGUGACAAAGUUUUGGCUUGCAUGUUUUGACCUUCAUAGCUGAACAUUUGAACCUGUCCAAGAUAAAGCAUGAAGUUAGUAGUUGUCAGGAACCCCUAAAAAUUGUUCUAUGGGAAGGUAAAAAGGCUUAAGAAUAAGUGUCCUACUGCUUCUGAGCCAGCAUGGUACAUAUCACUCACCAGGGAAUGCUAGAUCUUAAGCAUUAUCUACAUGAUUAAAUGAAUUGGGGUAUUGCCUGGCAUCGAAGUCAUACCCUGGAAUGAAAUAUACAGAACGGUUAAACCUUCGUCUUAAAUUGAGGAGGAUUGCACAAGUUAAAGAGAACCAAUGUCAAAUUGCUGUAGAAGAUGUUAUGUACUUGCUGGUAUUUUACAAGUUUUCUGAGAUAAGGGUCCCUUUGGUUCCAAAGCUUUCUAGUUGCCUUUAUAAUGGCAGGCUAGAGAUAUUGCCUUCUAAGGACUGGGAACUAGAGUCUAUUCACAGCUUGGAAGUUUUGGAUAUGAUAAGAGAACACAUAACUACUGUAACUGGCUUGAGAGCAAAAUCUAGUGUAACUGAGUGCUGGGCAACAACCCAAGUUAGACAAUGCUUACUUGCCCGAGUUUACGUUGCCUCCAUAUUAUAUGGUUACUUUUUGAAGUCAGUGUCACUGAGGUACCACCUAGAGCGAAACCUGUCUUUGGCUAAUCAUGAUCUUCACCUUGGCCAUAGGACUUCCCUUAUGAGUUCUUAUGGAUUCAAAGAUGCCAUCUUUGGCCACUUGAGUCACAUGCCAUCCAUAGGGCAAGGGUUAAUCAGGGCGGAAGAGGAUAUUGAGGACUUAAAAUGUUAUGUUAUGAGCUUUCACCCUGGAUCAUUGCAGAGAUGUGCCAGAUUGAGAUCUAAGGAGGCUGUGAAUUUGGUUGGGAGUUAUAGUUGUGCACUUUUUAGCGACAUGGAAUCGGGUUCAGUUGAAAAUGAUGAUGUUAUUUUGACCUCGUUUUCUAGCCUGAAGAGACUAGUCUUGGAAGCUGUUGCUUUUGGAUCUUUCCUUUGGGAGACAGAAGAUUACAUUGACAAUGUAUAUAAGCUUAAGGAUGAUCAAGUAGUGUAAAGGCAUUGGAUGCCAAAUAAGUUCUGAAGUCGUCGAGCGAAUUCUCCUUGUAUAUAUAGCGAGUUUUGGUUUUAGCUUGAGUGUUGGUUAUGUUUAUAUUGUAUAUAUAAUGCACACUACAUAAUGUAAAGUUCUAGUGCUUGGACUUUCUUUAAGUUGAUAGUAUUUUAAAUUGUAGAAAGUUGAUCUCUUUAUGUGGAACUGUAUCUUUCUUUUGAA